AUCGCGCGACUUCUUUGUGCUUCCGCUCGCCAGGGAGAGGGAGGCGCCAUCCAUCCAUUCACGGCUUCAUUCAACACACACCACCAACUACACCCACACCGGCGGGCGGGCUUGAUUUGCAUUGCUUCACCACCUAAUCGUCGGCCAUGGGCUCCCUCGCCGCCGCCGACGAGCCGCUGCCUCCCCUCCGCUACCCUCCGGCCCGCCGCGACGGCGGCAUUGUCGACGACUACCAUGGCGUUCUUGUGCCGGACCCCUACAGAUGGAUGGAGGAGCUGGAGUCGGAGGAGGUGAAGGAGUUCGUGGGCGCGCAGGCGGGCGUGGCCGACGCCGUGCUGGCCACCUGCGACCACCGCGGCCGGCUGCGCGGGCAGCUCACGGCGCUGCUCGACCACCCGCGCUACCGCGCCCCCUUCAAGCGCGCCGGCGCCUACUUCUACUUCCACAACCCCGGCCUCCUCCCCCACGCCGCCCUCUACGUCCAGCACGGGCUGGGCGGCGAGCCGAGCGUGCUGCUGGACCCGAGCGAGCUCAGCGACGACGCCACGGUGUCGCUGUCCAUGAUCGGCGUCAGCGACGACGGCGAGCACCUGGCCUACGGCACCAGCGCCAGCGGCAGCGACUGGGUCACCAUCAGGGCCAUGCGCGUCCGCGACAGGCGCCGCCUCCCCGACACCCUGUCCUGGGUCAAGUUCUCGCGCAUCGCCUGGACGCGCGACGGCAAGGGCUUCUUCUACUCGCGCUUCCCGGCUCCAAAGGACGACGGAGGCGCGCCCGAGUCCGGGAUCAGGACCGACGUUAACCUCAACCACGAGGUCUACUACCAUUUCCUCGGAACGGACCAGUCCGACGACGUCAUGUGCUGGAGAGACCCCGAGCACCCCAAGUACAUAUACGCCCCUGAGGUUACAGAGGACGGCAAGUACGUGCUUCUGUCAGUUUCAGAGAGUUCGGAGCCGGUCAACAAGUUGUACUACUGCGACCUCUCAGCUCUUUCAGCCAUGAAGGGAACCCACGAAAUGCUUCCCUUUGUGAAGCUUGUGGAUGAGUUCGAGGCGUUCUACGGAGUCGUCGCCAACGAUGACACUCAUUUCACCAUUCUCACAAACAAAGAUGCUCCGAGGUACAAACUGUCGCGGGUCGACGUCGAUGAUCCGGAGUCGUGGACCGAUGUUCUACCUCAAGACGACAAGGCUGUCCUGGAGUCGGCUUGUGCUGUCCACGGGGACAAGCUUCUGGUGAACUACCUGUCAGAUGUCAAGUACGUGCUGCAGAUGAGGAGCCUGGUCACCGGAGAGCUGCUCCACGACAUACCCAUCGACAUAGGCAGCGUCAACGGGAUUACCGGUAGGCGUGCCGACUCCGAGGUGUUCAUCGAGUUCUCGAGCUUCCUCACUCCCGGGAUCGUCUACAGGUGUGAUCUGAGCUCCGGGACCCCUGAGAUGAACAUAUACAGAGAGAUUACAGUCCCUGGAUUUGAUCGCACGGAUUUCGAAGCAAAGCAGGUGUUUUACCAGAGCAAGGAUGGGACCAAGAUCCCGAUGUUCGUCGUGUCGAGGAAGAGCAUCGUCCUCGACGGGUCACACCCGGCCCUGCUCUUCGGCUACGGCGGAUUCGGCAUGAGCAUGACGCCGCAGUUCAGCGCGGCCCGCGUCGUCCUCAUGAGGAACCUGGGGUUCGUGACGUGCAUCGCCAACAUCCGGGGCGGCGGCGAGUACGGGGAGGGCUGGCACAAGGCCGGCUCGCUCGCGAACAAGCAGAACUGCUUCGACGACUUCAUCGCCGCCGGCGAGUUCCUCGUCUCCGCCGGGUACACGAGCCCGAGCCGGCUGUGCAUCGAAGGCGGGAGCAACGGCGGCCUCCUGGUCGCCGCCUGCAUCAACCAGCGGCCUGGUCUCUUCGGCUGUGCUCUGGCUCACGUGGGUGUCAUGGACAUGCUCCGGUUCCACAAGUUCACCAUAGGUCGUGCAUGGACUUGCGACUUCGGCUGCUCGGAGAAGGAGGAGGAGUUUCACUGGCUUAUCAAGUACUCCCCUCUGCACAACGUGAGGCGGCCGUGGGAGAAGCGCGCAGCCGGCGACCACCAGCGCCUCCGCCGGCAGUACCCUCCCACCAUGUUGCUGACGGCGGACCACGACGACCGCGUCGUGCCGUCCCACACCCUCAAGUUCCUCGCGACGAUGCAGCACGUCCUGUGCACGAGCGUGGAGCAGAGCCCGCAGACCAACCCCAUCGUCGCCCGGAUCGACCGCAAGAGCGGCCACGGCUGCGGCCGGUCCACGCAGAAGAUCAUCGACGAGGCGGCGGAUCGUUACGCGUUCGCGGCGAAGAUGAUGGGGGUCUCUUGGAUCGGUUGAGUUCCAUCUCCGGAUCUCCUUGUGGUGCGGCUGUUGUGCACACCUACGGAUAGCGACGCAAAGCUUUCGGGUGAUCGCCAUGCAUGGAAGUAACCGUGUUACUAACCGGCAUCUGACGGGAUGACCAUAUAUAAUGGUACUUGUGACUCAACAAAAAAAAAGGAAGGAAAACAUGUCAGUAACUUGCUUUGAAAA